AUGGGAGCUACACGGAAGAUCAAAACAAAGCGCAGGACAAGGGACUACGACCAAGUCCGAGCGGAUAUCGACACCCCCAGACACCUUGCACAGUACAAGGCGACCAAAGACACAGAAGAUCUUCCUGGUCUAGGGAAGCAUUAUUGCGUCGAAUGUUCAAAAUGGUUUGAAAGCGAAUACAACCUGAACGCCCACACUAAGGGCAAAAACCACAAACGGAGAGUGCGCCUUUUGCAGGAAGAACCUCACUCGCAACGCGCCGCAGAGGCUGCUGUCGGUUUGGGCACCGACAGCGGGUUGCGACCACAGGAACAGGUUGUCGAGAUGGAAGACUAA